AUGUGCCAAGCCAAUGGGAACCCCAUGCAUCCAAAUAUCAAGCUUGACAAAGAUGAAUAUGCUAGAGAUGUUGAUGAGAUACGUUAUAGAGGGAUGAUUGGCUCUUUGAUGUAUCUAACCUCCUCAAGGCCUGAUAUCAUCCAAAGUGUUGGAGUGUGCUCAAGGUUCCAAUCAAAGCCUAAGGAAUCUCAUAUCUCAGCUGUCAAGAGGAUCAUCCAAUAUAUACUUGGUACCACUAAUUAUGGUUUAUGGUAUCCCAAAAUUGAUUCAUUUCAAUUAGUGGGUUAUUGUGAUGCAGAUUUUGCUGGGGACAGAAUUGAUAGAAGAAGCACAAGUGGCAUGUGUUGCUUUCUUGCAAACCUGUGUCCUAUAAGUAUGGCUCGCAAGAAAAGAGCAGUCCGCCGAGGCUCUCAUAGUGGUGCUCACUCUUCCCGUACUCAACCCUCAUCUCCUAUAUCACUACAUUCUCAUUCAUCACCUUCUCCUUCUCCCAUUAACUCUCCUCCUUCAUCUCCUCACAACACUGUUCCUGAAAUGGCUCGCACCAAGACCACGGCUCGCUGA